AUGGAGAAGCGAGGGGAGAGUUGGAGGGCAUUUGGUCUCCCAGCAGGAGAUUAUCAUUUGAUUGGCUGGGAUGUUGAUACUACUGGGAGCGGUUUUGACGACGAAAUAUGCCACAUCGCUGCCUACACCCCAACAGCCAGUUUUGCACAGUUUGUGAUACCGUAUCAAGAUAUCAAACCUGCUGCAAGAAGAAAGCACGGAUUGAAUGUGGUUACAGUUGGACGGUUUCGUAUGCUCAAGGACACGAAGACUAACUCUAUUCUGAAAACGAAAUGCCUGGUUGCUGCUCUUGCUGAAUUCCUUCAGUGGUUGGAAGGAUUAAAGGCUAAAACUAGUGACGGAGUAAUUCUUAUUUUUCACGAGGCUCGGAAAGUGUCUGUCCCAAUUCUGCUGCAAGCUGUGCGCAAGUACAAUUUUAUGGAGAAAUUUACUGCAGUGGUGAAAGGUUUCGUCAAUGGAUAUAGCGUUGCUGAAGUGAUGUGUACAAAUCAUAUUUGCUCUGUUUCAUUGAAAACUUUAUCCAAAACACUUCUACAUGAAGACGACAAUUUGGGCAGUGCUGCUGUUAGAGCUCGACUCGCAUUUCAGAUUUUACAGAUAAUUUGCGGAAAUGAAUCCAAACAAGGACGAGGCGAUGGCAGUCAAAAUGCAGAUACUGCUCUUGUUCAAGCUAUCAGCCGAUUUACGAAAACCAUAGCACAGGAGGAAGAAGAACUUGAAAGAUUCAAGAACGCUUUGGAUCGACAAGCCGCACGACGUGGAUUUUUCGCAACUUCAUCAUAA